AUUCCUGAAACAAAACAACCUCCGGUCCCCAAGAUCGAAUCCCCAGAGGGAUAUUACGAAGAGGCUGAGCCAUACGAUGUCUCUGUAAAUGAAGAUGGUGAAGCUGUUAGUAGCUCCUAUGAAUCUUACGAUGAAGAAGAGAGCAGCAAAGGCAAGUCAGCAACCCACCAGUGGCCAUCCACGGAGGCCACCAUUGAGCUGAUGAAGGAUGCCCGCAUCUGUGCGUUCCUGUGGAGGAAGAAGUGGCUGGGACAGUGGGCAAAACAGCUGUGUGUUAUCAAGGACACCAGGCUGCUGUGCUACAAGAGCUCUAAAGACCACAGCCCUCAGCUGGAUGUGAAUUUGCUGGGCUGCACUGUCAUUCACAAGGAAAAGCAAGUGAGGAAGAAAGAACACAAGCUGAAGAUCAUCCCCAUGAAUGCCGACGUCAUCGUGCUGGGGCUGCAGAGUAAAGACCAGGCAGAGCAGUGGCUCCGGGUAAUCCAGGAGACCAGCGGUCUGCUGUGUGAAGGAGGCAGUGAAGGCAACCAGUACAUCCCAGAUUCGCAGCGGCUCAGUUACCCAAAGGUGGAGGUGUCUGAGAGGUACUCUGCAGCCUCCGAGAGCGGGAGCAGCACCGACGGACACCCGGAGACAGCCGAGACAAAGGAUGUUAAGAAGAAAGGCACAACUGGCCUGAAACUGAGCAAUCUGAUGAACCUCGGGAGGAAGAAAUCCAGCUCCCUGGAUAGCCCAGAGAAAUCCCUGGAGACUUCAAGUUACCUGAACGUGCUAGUGAACAGCCAGUGGAAGUCCCGUUGGUGCCAGAUAAAAGAUGGUCACCUCCAUUUCUACCAGGACAAGAACCGAAGCAAACUGGCUCAGCAGCCUCUGAGUCUGGCAGGUUGUGAAAUUAUCCCAGAGCCAAGCCCUGAUCAUCUCUACUCCUUCCGCAUCCUGCACAACGGGGAAGAACGGGUCAUUCUGGAGGCCAAGUCCUCGGAGGAAAUGGGUCACUGGCUGGGCCUCCUCUUGUCAGAGUCAGGUUCAAAAACAGACCCGGAGGAAUUUACCUAUGAUUACGUGGAUGCUGACAGGGUUUCCUGCAUUGUGAGCGCCGCGAAGAACUCCUUCUUCUUAAUGCAGAGGAAGUACUCUGAGCCCAACGCCUAUAUCGACAGCCUGCCGAAGGGCAAGGUGCAGCAGGAGGAGCUGUACGAUGAUGUGGAUCUGCCAGACCUGCCCGUGGAAGAAUUACCCAAGAGUGAGAGCAAAGCAGAGGGAGACCAAGACAGAGUGUACCUGGAUCUCACCCCAGUGAAGUCCUUCCUGCACUGUGCUGGCAAGAUGUCAUGCCAGCCUUCACCCCUCAGCUCACCAUCUUUAGAAAGGGCUGCCAACAAGGCUGCAGCAGAGAGCACAGCCGAGCCAGCCCUUGUGCCUAAGGAAGCUGAGCCCUGUAGUAAGGAGACGGAGACCUCGGAGCAGAAACAGCCAGAGAAGCCAGAGCCCGACGAGGCUCUGCCACGGGUGCCUGCUGUCAAAAUCCAGACACAGCAGCAGAACAUCGCCUUCCCCCAGCCAGCCGCCGAGCCGCCGCUGGGCACAGGGACAGCGGGCAGCCCUCAGCUGGUACCCACACACCGGCCCAAGAUGCCGCUGCCGGCGUCGGCAGUGGAAACCAAGCUGGGCAAGAACAGGACGGAGGCAGAGGUGAAGCGGUUUACGGAGGAGAAGGAGCGGCUGGAGAAGGAGAAGGAUGAAAUCCGGGCUCAGCUCACCCAGCUGCGCAAGGAGAGGCGGGAGCUGAAGGAAAUGCUGGGGGGCAGCACAGACAAGAGCCUGGAGCCGCGGCUGAAGGAGAUAGAAGAAGAAUGCAAAAGGAAGGAGAGCCGUAGGGUGGACCUGGAGCUGAGCCUGGUGGAAGUGAAGGAGAACCUGAAGAAGGCAGAGUCUGGCCCUGUGACACUGGGCACCGCGGUGGACACCACACACCUGGAGAAUGCAGCCCCCCGGAUUCAGGCAAAAAGUGCCAGUCCAGCAAACAGUGCAGACAACUCGCCAGUCAAUUCAGCAACGGCUUUAAAAAACAGGCCUUUAUCCGUCAUGGUGACAGGGAAGGGAACAGUCCUACAGAAAGCUAAGGAAUGGGAGAAGAAGGGAGCUAGUUAGAAGCACAUCUUUUUAGAUGGACUAAAGACUGGAAUUGCCCAUUCCUGGCCAAGGGGAUUCAAUCAUCUGUAGAUGGAGGUUGAGUGUGCAACACAACCACACACCAAGCGCCUCCUUCACGUCACGCCAACUGCUCAGCGCAGCAAUGGAGCCAACUGCUGCCAAUAUGAGUUAUCCCAAAUGAUCUUGCUCUUUCCAGACAAGUCCCAAUCACGUAGCUAAAACAAUAACAACCAGUGGCAAUCCUUGCAUCAAAUUCCUAACCCAGUUGAUGUAAACAAGAAUGUUACUGUACAUAGGGAUGUUCUGUGUAUUUCUACUCCGAAGGUUUAUCAAUG